AUGGCAGCACCGGCGCUUUACUCAAAGUAUGCUAGAGUUUGGAUCCCAGAUCCUGUGGAUGUGUGGAGAUCAGCAGAGCUGAUUGAAGACUAUGUUCCUGGAGACACAGCUUUACAUCUGCAGCUUGACGAAGGCACGGAACUGGAAUACAAACUGGACCCUAAAAGCAACAACCUGCCUCCCCUCCGUAAUCCAGACAUCCUCGUUGGAGAGAAUGACCUCACAGCUCUGAGCUACCUGCAUGAACCGGCUGUGCUACACAACCUGCGUGUCAGAUUCGUCGACUCUAAGCUAAUCUACACUUACUGUGGUAUCAUCCUAGUAGCUAUUAAUCCUUACGAGGCCCUGCCGAUCUAUGGAGCAGACAUCAUUAAUGCAUACAGCGGGCAGAACAUGGGGGACAUGGACCCUCACAUUUUUGCUGUAGCCGAGGAAGCCUACAGACAGAUGGCCAGAGAUGAGAGAAAUCAGUCUAUCAUAGUGAGUGGAGAGUCUGGAGCAGGAAAGACUGUGUCUGCUAAAUAUGCCAUGCGUUACUUUGCCACAGUUAGUGGCACUUCUACAGAGGCCAGUGUGGAGGACAGAGUGUUGGCCUCAAGCCCUAUAAUGGAGGCUUUUGGAAAUGCCAAAACAACCCGAAAUGACAACAGCAGUCGCUUUGGGAAGUACAUAGAGAUCGGAUUUAAUAGAAGUUAUCACAUCAUUGGGGCUAACAUGAGGACAUAUUUGCUGGAGAAAUCUCGAGUUGUGUUUCAGGCAACUGAGGAACGUAACUAUCACAUCUUCUAUCAGCUCUGUGCCUCUGCCCAGUUACCUGAAUUCAAAGCUCUCCAAUUAUGCAGCGUGAAUGAGUUUAACUACACUAAUCAAGGCAGGAGCCCCGUCAUAGAUGAAGUGAAUGACUCGCAGGAAAUGCAAGCCACACAGAAGGCGUUCUCACUUUUGGGUAUUUCUGAAAUGCUACAAAUGCAUGUGUUUCAAAUCCUGGCAGCCAUUCUUUACCUUGGCAAUGUGGAGAUUGUAAAAGGCUCAGGGAACUGCAGUGUAUCUGGUGACAGUAGACACCUAUCUGUAUUCUGCGAUCUACUGAUGGUGUCUCGGGAGGACAUGGCUCACUGGUUGUGUCAUAAAAAACUGAAGACAGCCACAGAAACCUUCAACAAACCUCUGGCCAAAACGGAGGCGGUGGACGGGCGUGAUGCUUUGGCUAAACACAUCUACGCCAAGCUCUUCACUUGGAUAGUCAGCCAGAUUAAUAAAGCUCUACAUUCGUCCAGCAAGCAGCACUCAUUUGUUGGGGUGCUAGACAUCUACGGGUUUGAGACUUUUGAAAUAAACAGCUUUGAGCAGUUUUGUAUCAACUACGCCAAUGAGAAACUCCAACAACAGUUUAACAUGCAUGUGUUUAAACUUGAGCAAGAAGAAUACCUCAAAGAGAAAAUCCCAUGGACUCUGAUUGAUUUCUAUGACAACAAGCCAUGUAUUAACCUUAUUGAGGCCAAGAUGGGAGUGCUUGAUCUGCUUGAUGAGGAGUGUAUGAUGCCAAAAGGAUCAGAUGAUUCAUGGGCCCAGAAGCUCUAUAACACCCAUCUAAAGAAGAGUGCUCACUUCGACAAACCACGCAUGUCGAAUAAGGCCUUUAUUAUCCAUCAUUUUGCUGACAAGGUGGAAUAUCGGUGUGAUGGAUUUCUGGAGAAAAACAAAGACACAGUGAAUGAGGAACAGAUAAAUGUGUUAAAGUCGAGUAAGUUUGCAUUUCUGCUGGAGCUCUUCCAGGAUGAGGAGAAGACUGCUGGUUCUAGUGUUACAGAAGCUUCUAAUCGUGCAAAACUGACCCGUGUCCAGUCUUUCAGAGAGCAUAAAAAAUCUGUUGGACUGCAGUUCCGGAACUCUUUGCACUUGCUCAUGGAGACCCUAAACGCUACAACUCCUCACUAUGUGCGCUGCAUUAAACCUAAUGAUGAGAAAGCUUCUUUCAUGAUGAAUCCCAAUAGAGCAUCUCAGCAGUUAAGAGCGUGUGGAGUGCUGGAGACUAUCCGCAUCUCAGCAGCAGGCUUUCCAUCCAGGUGGACGUAUCAGGACUUUUUUAGUCGGUACCGAGUGCUGAUGAAACAGAAAGAUGUGCUAUCUGAAAUAAAGUUAACCUGUCAAAAUGUUCUAGAAAAGCUGAUACAGGAUCCUGAUAAAUACAAGUUUGGGAAGACUAAGAUCUUCUUUCGGGCUGGACAGGUAGCAUAUUUGGAGAAAUUGCGAGCUGAUAAGCUUCGCAUGGCUUGCAUUAAGAUCCAGAAAACUAUCCGCUGCUGGACGGCCCGCAAGAAAUACCUGCGCCUGCGCAGAGCUGCAGUCACCAUUCAAAGAUAUGCACGGGGACAGCAGGCUCGGGCCCUGUGUAAGUCCUUGAGAAGAACAAAAGCAGCUGUGGUCAUUCAGAAGUAUCAGCGCAUGUAUGCUGUCAAGCAGCUGUACCAGCGGAAAAAAGUGGGAGCACUUCUCAUACAGCGACUGCUCCGUGGCCAUGCAGCCAGGAUGCAGUAUAGACAGCUACGGUACGAGCAAAAGGCCAUUGUUGUGCAGAGCUGGGUGCGAGGAUGGUCAGCAAGAAUGCGCUAUAAACGGACUUUGCAGGCUGUGGUGUAUCUUCAGUGCUGUGUGCGCCGAAUGCUGGCUCGUCGAGAACUCAGAAAACUCAGGAUUGAGGCCCGUUCAGUUGAGCACUACAAGAAACUACACGUUGGUAUGGAGAACAAAAUAAUGCAGUUGCAGAGAAAAGUGGAUGAGCAGCAUAAAGAGAACAAGAAGCUUUCAGAGCGCUUGUGUGCAGUUGAGAGCAGUAGUGUUGCUGAGGUGCAGAAGUUACGUAUCCAGCUAGAGGCUAUGCACAAAGUCAAGGAAGAAGCCCGUAGUUUUUGUGAGCAGGUGUCUUGUUUGGAAGAGGAGCUAGAACUGGCCUGUCAUGAACUGGAGAAAAACAGAAAGAUGCUUGCAGAGGUGAAUGAGACAAAUAGUCUGCUGAAGAGUGAGAAGGAUGAGCUGAACAAACUAAUCCAGGAACAGGGCCAACAGAUUACUGAUGAUCUGCAAAAGGUCCAUCAGGAGAACAUAGAAAAUGUUCAGACCGAGCUGAUAGAAGAGCGCAGUCACUACCAGAAUCUUCUGACUGAACACCUGAAACUGGAGGAGCUGUACACUAAUGUGAAGUCACAAAAAGAAGCUGCAACAGUAGAGCUGAAUGAAGGUGUGGACGUAGCUCUGCUGUUGAAGCUACAGAGACGAGUUGCUGAGCUGGAGCAGGAGAAGCUGAACCAGCAUAAAGACUGGGAUUCCAAAGAGGAACAACUCCAACAGGACCAUGCCAAGGAACUGGAUGGGUGUCAGAGAACAUUACAAGCUGAGAGAGACUAUGAGGCCCAAAAGCGACAGGAGCUUGAGUCAGAGAAUAAAAGACUGAAAAAGGACCUGAAUGAUCUGCGCCUGUCUCUCACUAAAGGAAAGGGCUCAAACUUAGCAUCUCCUGGUAGGCCAGCCUACAACGUACUUCUGGAACAGUUGAACUCUACCAGUGAGGAGUUGCAAAUGCGUAAGGAGGAGGUCCUCAUGCUGCGUACUCAGCUGGUCAGUCUUGAGGCCUUCAGAUUUAAGCAGGAAGCUUCAACAGAAGGUGACUCUGGUGACUCUAACAGAUCUUCCACUCUGGCUCUACACGAGCUGAAUGAAGAUGGAGAGCUAUGGAUAGUCUAUGAAGGAUUGAAAGAAACUAACAGGUUGCUGGAAACACAGCUGCAAGCUGAGCAGCAAAGACAUUCCGAGGAGCUAGAAGCUUUGAAAUCAGAGUUGCAGGUCUUAAAGGAGGAGAGAGACCAGCAGCAGGAUUUCCUUUCCAGCAGCCUACAACUGCCUCAGGACGAUCGUGUAAAUGCAACGCUACAACAUGAAAUUAGCCGCCUCACACACCAAAACCUGGAUCUAAUGGAGGAAAUGGACAAACAGGACAAGAUCGUUCGCAAGCUGAAGAAACAACUAAAGAUUUACAUGAAAAAGUUUGAAGAGUCGGACAAUGCCUCAUUGGAUCAGGCUUUUUCUGAAAACAGGAUGAAAGAAGUGUUUCCAGAAGUCAGCAUUCUCCGCAAAGAACGACAUUGCCAGGGUAUGCUGGAGUGCAAGAAGGAAGAUGAGAGCAAGCUCCUCAAUACCCUUAUUACAGAGCUGAAGCCCAAAGGAGUUGCUGUGAGUGUGAUUCCAGGCCUGCCAGCCUAUAUUCUGUUCAUGUGUCUCCGCCAUGCUGACUACACCAACAAUGACCAGAAAAUGUGCACUCUGCUCAACUCAUCAGUCAGCUGCAUUAAGAAUGUGUUAAAGAAAAGAGGCAGUGACUCCGAUACAGUUUCGUUUUGGCUGGCCAACACCUGCCGCCUACUGCAUUGUCUGAAACAGUAUAGUGGAGAAGAGGUCUUUUCUAAACACAACACUUCCCAGCAGAACAAGCAGUGCUUGCAGAACUUUGACCUGACUGAAUACUGGCAGAUUCUGAGUGAUUUAGUCAUCCAGAUCUACCAUCAACUCAUCAAGUGCAUGACGGACAUUGUUCAGCCUAUGAUUGUGGCAGCUAUGUUGGAGCAGGACACCAUCCCGGGUGUGCUGGGAUUGAAACCCACAGGGCUGAGGCAGCGUACCUCUAGUUUUCACGUGAAGGGCUCCUAUACUCUGGAGUCUAUUUUAAAACAGCUUGAAUCAUUUUACUCUGUUCUUGUUCAGCAUGGAAAUGACCCUGAGAUCAUCAGACAAGUGCUUAAACAGCAGUUUUACAUCAUCUGUGCCAUCACACUUAACAACCUGCUCCUGCGCAAAGACAUGUGCUCCUGGAGCAAAGGCCUCCAGAUCAGGUAUAAUGUGUGUCAGCUGGAGGAGUGGUUGAUGGAUAAGGGAGUAAAGAGUGGUGGGGUGAGAGAGACUCUGGAGCCUCUUAUCCAGGCUGCUCAGUUACUGCAGAUCAAGAAGAAAAGUCAGGAAGAUGCAGAGGCCAUUGCCACAAUGUGCACUGCGCUCACUGCUACACAGAUUGUGAAAAUCCUGAACCUUUACACCCCAGUCAAUGAAUUUGAGGAGCGAGUGUCAGUUCCAUUCAUUAAAUCUGUACAGGCUUUAUUAAAGGACCGUCAGGAGUCUUCUCAGCUGCUUAUGGAUAGUAAAACUGUUUUUCCUAUCAGCUUCCACUUUACUCCCUCCACUGUGGCCUUGGAGAGCCUCCAGAUUCCCCAAAGCCUUAACCUCAGCUUCCUCAAAAGGCUAUAAAUAGCCACAAC